AUGGCAUGUUGGAUUUUGAAUGAAAAACUCUCGGUCCUGUUAUUAUUGGUGUGGCUGGGAUUGAAUUUAUAUUUGUUUAUUGAUACCUUCCAUUGGUAUGAAGAUGAAGAUGCUUACACUUAUACACGGAUUAUGCUGGGAUCAACGCUGGCUUGGGCAAGAGCUUCUGCAACGUGCCUUAAUUUUAACUGCAUGCUAAUCCUGUUACCAGUCAGUAGAAAUCUUAUUUCAUUCUUAAGAGGAGCAAACAUUUGCUGUGGAGGAGCACUGAGGAGACAGCUUGACAAAAACAUCAUAUUUCACAAGAUGGUUGCCUAUGGAAUAUCUGUAAAUGCAACCAUCCAUAUUGUUGCCCACUUGAUCAACAUCGAGCGGUAUCAUAACAGCCAGUCAAAAGAAGCAGGGGAGUUACAGAAAAAACUUUCUGGCCUUGGCAAGAGCCCAAAUGAAAGCUACUUGAACCCAAUCAGAACCUAUGAAAUGAACACAACAGGAGAGGUGCUGACCACCAUAGCUGGAGUAACUGGAGUUGUGAUAACUGUGGCUCUUGUUUUGAUCAUGACUUCAUCCACAGAGCUCAUCAGAAGGUCCUGCUAUGAGGUGUUCUGGUAUACCCACCACCUCUUUGUGGUUUUCUUUAUUGGUUUAAUAAUCCAUGGUAUGGGUCAGCUAAUCCGAGGUCAGACAUCCCAGAGUCUGCUGCUUCAUAAUGUUACUUACUGCAAAGAUCACUACUUGGAAUGGGAGAAAGUCACUCAGUGCCCUUUGCCGCAGUUUUCUGGCAAGAAACCUGUGGCUUGGAAGUGGGUUUUAAGUCCUGUGGUGUUGUAUAUCUGCGAAAGAAUUGUUAGAUUCUGGAGAUUUCAACAGGAGGUGGUCAUUACUAAGGUGGUGACCCAUUCUUCUGGAGUCCUUGAGCUUCACAUGAAGAAGCAUGGCUUUAAAAUGGAAGCUGGUCAGUACAUCUUUCUGCAGUGCUCAUCGGUGUCGUCGCUGGAGUGGCACCCCUUCACCCUCACCUCAGCUCCUGAGGAAGACUUCUUCAGUGUUCACAUCAGGGUGGUUGGGGACUGGACUGCAGCCCUCUUCAAGGCCUUUGGAGCAGAGGAAAAAGCUUUCAAGGAGUUGUGGAUGUUACCAAGACUGGCUGUGGAUGGACCGUAUGGAUCUGCAACCACAGAUGUUUUUCACUACGGAGUGAGUGUGUGCAUUGCAGCAGGGAUAGGAGUCACACCGUUUGCCUCUAUUUUAAAAUCCAUUUGGUACAAGUGCUGCAAUCCUAACACGGUACUGGCGUUGCAGAAGGUUUAUUUUUACUGGAUCUGUCGAGACCCAUCAACAUUUGAGUGGUUUGCUGAUCUUCUGUUCCUUUUGGAAACAAAAAUGGCUGAAAAGGGGAAAAAUGAUUUUCUAAGUUAUCAUAUAUUUCUUACUGGCUGGGAUGAAAGUCAGGCUACUCACAUAGCCCUACAUUAUGAUGACAAGAUGGAUGUAAUUACUGGUUUGAGACAGAAGACCUUCUAUGGAAGGCCAAACUGGGACAAUGAGUUCAAGCAGCUAGCCGAAAAACAUCCUAGCAACAGUAUUGGAGUAUUCUUCUGUGGACCCAAGACUCUCUCUAAGAUCCUUCAAAAGAUGUGCAGCUCCUAUUCAUCAGUUGAUCCAAGAGGAGCUCAGUUUAACUACAAUGAAGAAAGUUUCUAGGCUGUACUUCUCAAUUCUGUAAUAGGUAUUACCAAGUUGUGCAUUUUUCCUCACCUUCUCCUGUCCUCUUCCCAUUCUGCAGCAUUCAGUCCAGAUGUUGAGAACUGUAAAUUGAAGCAGCUGCACUGACUUCAGCGGAAAAAUGCCAUCCUAUGCCAACUAAAGUUUUGGACCCUAUCCUUAGCCUUUCCUUCAAAGAACUGAAGGGCUGAUUCUUCAUUGCUUAGUCAAUGAUGCUGUGAAUCCAACCACACCUCUGUGAAAACAAAUACAAAUCACUAAACUUUAAAGAAAAAGGUGCAAGAAAAAUGGCCAUUUAGAUCUGUACAUUGCUAUUGUGUAUGAUCAAACUACUACUGCAGGCAAUACUAUCAUUCCUGCUGUUUAAAUCAUGUCCAGUUAUUCAAAGCAUUUUCCCUUCUGAUGUUCUGAUCUUGUACUUCUAGUCUCCUACUGAGCACACAUCUACAUUGUCUUUUGUGCCAUAGCAAUACUGCUUAAAUAUACACUUCCUAACAAAUUCCUUUUGACCUACCAAAGCAGACACCAUUUAAACCUGCCAUUUCUGCAGUGAUACUGGUGGUACAUGCAAUAAUCUAAUAUUUUCUGAAGGUUAAGUAGACUCCAGAAAUUUUUGCUCUCAGCAAAUGGAUCUCCUGAGACAGGCAACUGAAACUGAGGGAAAAAGUAACGUGUCCUUUAAAUGCCACACUGCUUCAUGGGCAUUGAAGAAUAGGCUUUAAAAUAUAUAGAUUCACAGAUUCAGAGAUAUCACAGGGUGGCUGAGGUGGGAAGGGA